GGGCCUCCUCCCCGGUACUGACGGGGCGGGGCCGCACCUCGCACGUAGCGCCCGGAUCUUUACCCUCUGCGUUCCGCAGAUUCGCCACAAACUCUUCCGGCCCCCGCUCUGUCGGAGGGGCGCGGAAAAGGCAUCGGCUCGGCGGGGGCUCCGGGGCGAGGAGGGCAGGGGAUUUCCCUCCACCUUGAAUGCCGGGCCCGCCGCCGGGAGGCUGGAGGAGCUCGGGGGCGGUGUGUCGAAAGUGCGGAGCGCGCAGGCGCCGUCCCUCGCUGCCAGCCCGGCCUGCUGAGGAACAAAGGGAGCGCGGCCGGAGCGGAAGUACAAAUAUAAUGUCAGGUGGCUGAAAAUUUGCCUGUCAAAAUGUCAAAAAGGCCAUCUUAUGCCCCACCUCCUACCCCAGCUCCUGCAACUCAAAUGCCCAGCACCCCAGGGUUUGUGGGAUACAAUCCAUACAGCCAUCUGGCCUACAACAACUACAGGCUGGGAGGGAACCCGGGCACCAACAGCCGGGUCACGGCUUCCUCUGGUAUUACCAUUCCAAAGCCCCCCAAACCCCCAGACAAGCCCCUGAUGCCCUACAUGAGGUACAGCCGGAAGGUCUGGGACCAAGUGAAGGCGUCCAAUCCUGAUUUGAAGUUAUGGGAAAUUGGCAAGAUUAUUGGAGGAAUGUGGCGAGAUCUCACUGAUGAAGAGAAGCAAGAGUAUUUGAAUGAAUAUGAAGCUGAAAAGAUCGAGUACAACGAGUCCAUGAAGGCCUACCAUAACUCUCCCGCGUACCUCGCCUACAUCAACGCGAAAAGUCGCGCCGAGGCCGCCUUGGAAGAAGAAAGCCGGCAGAGACAGUCGCGCAUGGAGAAGGGCGAGCCCUACAUGAGCAUCCAGCCGGCCGAAGAUCCCGAUGACUACGACGAUGGAUUUUCCAUGAAGCACACGGCCACAGCUCGUUUCCAGAGGAACCACCGUCUCAUCAGCGAGAUCCUGAGCGAGAGCGUGGUGCCCGACGUCCGCUCUGUCGUCACUACGGCCAGAAUGCAAGUUCUGAAACGCCAGGUUCAGUCUUUAAUGGUUCAUCAGCGUAAACUGGAAGCGGAGCUGCUGCAAAUCGAGGAGCGUCACCAGGAGAAGAAGAGGAAGUUCUUGGAAAGCACAGAAUCCUUUAACAACGAGCUUAAAAGGUUAUGCAGUUUGAAGGUGGAAGUGGACAUGGAAAAAAUCGUGGCUGAAAUCGCCCAAGCCGAGGAGCAGGCUCGCAAGAGGCAGGAGGAGAGGGAGAAAGAAGCGGCGGAGCAGGCCGAGCGCAGCCAGAACACGGCGGCCGAGGAGGAGCCGGCGGCCAGCAAGGCGGAGGAGAAGAAGGAGGAGGAGAGCGCGCCGGUGGAGACGGAAGAGCCGCACCCAGAAGAGAGCACAGAAACCCAGCAGAACGGCGAAGAAGGAACAUCCACCCCCGAUGACAAGGAGAGCGGCCAGGAAGGGGGGGACAGCACCGCGGAGGAGGGAACCAGCGACAGCAACACCGGCUCCGAGAGCAACAGCGCGACUGUGGAGGAGCCGCCCGCAGACCCCGGCACGGAGGACGGCGAGAAGAAAGAAUAAAUACUGACUCGUUUCAUGUGUCUCUUUUUUAAUGAAGUACCGGUUUGAUUUAAAAUGUGCUACGCGGUUUUUGUAUCUCCCUCGACUGUAUCACUUGUCUCCAAAGGAUAUUGGGUUAAAUAACUUGUCAGGUGUCAGCACGGGGACUUGAAGGGUCUGUAGGGGCAAAGGAUCUGACACCAGACAGGAAAAACAAGAUGUAGAGAUCGCAUUGCUUGGGAUUCCUUCUCUAGAAAAGCAUCGGUUUGGGGUUUUAUAUCAGAAAUUGUGCCUUUUCCCUUUCCUCUGGUUCCGUGGCUGCAGUGACCCUUGUUCCUUUGUGGCUGGUGAGGGGACAGAUGUGCGUCCCCUCUGCCCCAGCUCAGCAGAACGUGACAUCUGCUACCAGGGAGUGACAUGAGGCUGAGGAAACGUGGUUAAUAUAAGAGCGUUCGCUUUGUAGAGAGACCGGGGUGUCACCGAGGUGUCCUGGGGACAACCCUGAGCAACCCAGACCAAACCCCCGGGAGCCUUUGUGCUGUCCCUGCUGCGCCAGCUCUUGCCACACGGCUCCUGCAGAUGCCCAGUUCUUGGUGUUUAAAGAUAACCAGUCCUCAGGAGCAGCGCUCCGAAAUGGGGCUGAAAGACACGGGUUUGGGCUGGUUUGGCGUCAUCUUUUUCUCUUAUAGAGCAGCUGUUAACCUCAUGUUCCGUGUGCGGCGUUGCAGCAGCUCUGUUUCCAAAGGGCUGGCCAUAGUUUGAAUUAAAUGACUUAUCUGAGGGGUUAUUUCUGUGACGUGGGAUUCUUCUCACCAACUCUUUGCUGUUCUUUACCAAUUAACUAAUUAAUUUGCUACCAAGGCAUCCCGGUACGACCUCAGCCAGAGAAACGGCAAAUACAGAGCAGAGGAGCGUUCACACACGGGUGUGUGCUCUGAACAGUCACAAAUAAGGCACAAAUGGUAAAAAAGAGCAGUUUUGCUCCCCGUGACCAUUCAAACCCCUGGGACCUCUACAGAUGUACCAAAAAUGCCCCAUUUUGCCCUCCUGGAGUAAAACACACUGAGUUACAACACGAGAUACAAGCCGUCCCGUGACUUCACAGCUCUAGGAGAACACGUGAUGCGGAUGCUCCAAUGAACCAGGAUGUUUUUAGGGAACUGUGGGUAUAUCGGAUGGUAACGUUUUUUAAAUCCUUUUGGUCUUUUUUUUUUUUUAAUGGUCUAAAACUAAUAAAACCCAACACAUUUUGGUUUUAUAAGCUGA